UCAAUUCGCUGCGUUUUCAUCAUAUUUUCAUUUCAUCAUUCAUGCGGAUAUUUUGUGGGGUGCGUCCUAUUUUUUUUGUUUGUCGUCCUUCAUGCAGUGAUGGAGGAUGAGGAUGGAGGAUGAGGAUGAGGAUGGAGGAGCUGAUGAAUCAUAGACGUCGUCAGAAAAAAAAAGCAGCUAAAAAAAAUCAUUUCAGAGGUGAAAUAUAAAACUAAAACAAGAAGGUUUCCGGGUUUAUUCCGCACAUCGAGCUGGAAAUCUGUUUCUGCGUUUGUCAGAAAAUUUCAUUUAUUGUUUCUGCGUGUUGUAUGACGUCACGUCGAGCUCGUCCAUCUUCAGUCAAACGUGUGAAUAUCAGGUGGAUUUGAGUUUCAGGAGGUGCUGCAGAGCGUGAAGAUGGCCAACGCCGUGGCUUCCUACGACCAGCUGGCCCACCAGGUGGAGGCGCUCCGCAAGGAGAACUCCCACCUGAGGAGGGAGCUGGAGGACAACUCCAACCACCUGUCCAAACUGGAGACCGAGACCUCCGGCAUGAAGGAGGUGUUGAAGCAGCUGCAGAGUAAACUGGAGCAGGAGGCGGGAACGCUGGCCUCGUCCGGGAGGAGCGACGUGCUGCACCAACUCAAAGAGCUCCACAUGGACCUCACCAACUACUAUGAACUCAAACACCAACCUCACAACCUGAGGCUGCUGACGGACAGUCUGGGAGGGGCGGGGCUAACAGGUGUUGGCGGAGGGGCGGAGCUAGACGACCGUCUGGCUCUGCCUCCUUCCUCCUGCUCCUCCUCCUCGGCGGCGGCGGGCAGAGCCAGGAGUCCGCUCAGAGCGUCGUCCCGUCUGAGUGCAGCGUCCGGGGGGGAGGCUGCCGCCGUCAUGAUGCCGCAUCACUUCCUGGACGGAGCCCCGCCCAAAACAGCUGUGAUCAGUGGGGCGGAUGGACGACAGAGCGAUCACCACCUGGAGGAGCUGUACAAGGAGAGGAACCUCCUGCUGGGGGAGAUCGACCGCGAGGAGAGGGAGCGCUGCUGGUACUUCAGCCAGCUGGAGGCGCUGUCACAGAGACUGGCUCAGCUGCCUCGCAUCGACACGUUUUCUCUGCAGAUGGAUCUGAUCCGGCAGCAGCUGGAGUUUGAAGCCCAGCAGGUUCAAUCCGUGAUGGAGGAACGCUUCGGCACCAGCGACGAGGUGGUUCAGAGGACACAGGUGCGUGUAGCUCGUCUGGAACAGCUGGAGAAAGAGCUGCAGGAGGCCCGAGGGAGUCAGGAGAGCCAGCUACAGCUGUCCGGAGCUGAGAAGCCCCCUGCUGGUGAACCGGAGAACAACACGUCAUCAGCUGCUGCAGCAGGAACAGAAGCUCCUGCAGACGGAGGCAGCAAGGUGGAGAUGGUAUUCUGGCUGCUCUCCAUGCUCGCUAACAGAGAUAAGGAGGAGAUGUCUCGGACUCUGCUGGCUCUGUCCAGCUCUCAGGACAGCUGCAUCGCCAUGAGGAAGUCCGGCUGCGUCCCUCUGCUGGUCCAGAUCCUGCACGAAGCUCCGGGUGGCGCCGGCGCCGGCGGCGGACCCGGGGAGACGGCGACGGGUGGUACGACGACGGGCUGCAGCCGAGAGGCCAAAUCCAGAGCCAGCGCCGCCCUCCACAACAUCAUCUACUCCCAGCAGGACGAGGGCCAGGCCCGUCGGGAGAUGAGGGUGCUGCACAUGCUGGAGCAGAUCCGGACCUACUGUGACAGCGGCUGGGACUGGAUCGAGAGCCACGAAGGGACACCUUCACCCGGAGGAACCAGAACCACUGACAUUCCCGAGCCUGUGGACCCUCAGAUCUGUCAGGCCAUGUGCGCCAUCAUGAAGCUUUCCUUUGAAGAGGAGUACCGACGCGCCAUGAAUGAAUUAGGCGGUCUGCAGGUGGUGGCUGAUCUGAUCCACCUGGACCAGGACAUGUACGGCAUGCAGAACGACCCCAUCAACAUGGCGCUGCGCCGCUACGCGGGGAUGGCUGUGACUAACCUCACCUUCGGAGACGUUGUCAACAAGGCCACACUGUGCUCAAAGAAGAGCUGCCUUCAGGCUCUGGUGGCCCAGCUGGCCUCAGACAGCGAGGAGCUUCAUCAGGUGGUCUCCAGCAUCCUGAGGAAUCUGUCCUGGAGGGCCGACAUCAGCAGCAAGAGAGUCCUCAGAGACAUCGGAUGUGUGUCUGCACUGAUGACCUGCGCCCUGCAGGCCACGAAGGAGUCAACCUUGAAGAGUCUUCUGAGUGCUCUGUGGAAUCUGUCGGCUCACAGCAUCGACAACAAGGUGGCAAUCUGUUCGGUGGACGGCGCUCUGGGCUUCCUGGUCAGCACACUAACGUACCGCUGUCAGACCAACUCGCUCGCCAUCAUCGAAAGCGGCGGAGGAAUCCUUCGUAACGUGUCGAGCCUGGUCGCCACACGAGAAGACUACAGGCAAAUCCUCAGAGACCACAACUGCCUCCACACUCUGCUGCAGCACCUGCGCUCCCACAGCCUGACCAUAGUGAGCAACGCCUGCGGGACUCUGUGGAACCUUUCUGCCCGAAGUCCAAAAGACCAGGAGCUGCUUUGGGACCUCGGCGCAGUUAGCAUGCUGCGCAACCUUAUCCACUCCAAGCACAAGAUGAUAGCCAUGGGCAGCGCUGCAGCUUUAAGGAACCUCCUCACCAAUCGACCCAUGAAAUAUAAGGACGCUGCAGUCGUAUCCCCUGGCUCCUGCAUGCCCUCACUCUACAUGAGGAAACAGAAGGCUCUGGAGGCGGAGCUGGAUGCAAAACACCUAGCAGAGACUUUUGAUACCCUUGAGAAACAGAGCCCCAAGCACCUGACCCUCAACAAGCCGCUACGGCACAUUGAGAGUCUGGCAAAGGAUUACGCAUCUGAUUCUGGUUGUUUUGAUGAUGAUGAGGCCCCCAAUGUCUCCAGUAGUCUGGACACUGGGAGCUUCUCUAUGCUGUCCAUGUUCCUUACCAACUCUAAUUUCCUGCAAAACCAGCCACGUAAGAGGGACAGUGAACCUGAGAGAGACAUAGACCCGCCUCAGAUGGUCGAGAAAAGACACGCACCUCCUGAUGAUGUGGUAUCUGCUGCUGCAGAGAAGCUUGCAAAAAAGAUCACCAACACGGUUGCCAAGAUCGACAGGUUAGUGGAGGACAUCACCAUGCACACAUCGUCUGAGGACAGUUUUAGCCUCAGCUCUGAGGACCACCUGGCAGACUGGCCAUACGGACUGGAUGAACUCAAUGAAGCCCGGGCGAAAUCAUGCUCCCCCUGCCGUCUCUCUGACACAAGCAGCUUGGCCCGCAGAGAACGCCUCAGUAGAGCCCACGCCCUCUUGCGCCUCAAAACUGCCCAUACAAGUGUAUCAACAGACAGCCUAAACAGUGGAAGCACCAGUGAUGGCUACUGCGGCAGCAAAGACCAGAUGCGACCUGCUCAAAGAACUCUAAUGAUGCAACAACGACCCAACCAGCUUGAUCUCAAGGUGGCUCAUCAAGAUUACCUUAAUAUAGGGUCUGUUCUGAAUGGGACUAACCAGCAAGAUAUUCCUGAGAGAGAUUCUGUGGACAACAAAGAUGUGAAAGCUCUAGAGCUCAGCAACACAGAUGCAGAAAAGAACCAGGAUCAACCUGUACAAACACCUGUCAGUGCAUCCACUAAAGUCUCCUCUGAUGUCAGCAUGACUUCAAUUAAACUGUCUCCUUCUUAUCAACAGGUCCCGCUCAUUCAGAGUGUGGCCAAAUUUGGUGUAGCAAAGACGGCCAUCAAUGUCCAGGCUGCCCAAGCAAUGAGGAGGCAAGCAUGGGUACCUACUGUGAUGACUGGGGGGAGUAUUACAAAAUUUUCUCCAAUGACAUCCACCAGAAGCCCAACCAUCGGGACGAUGGAGACGGUCCAGAAAUACUCUGUGGAGAACACCCCAAUUUGCUUCUCCCGCUGCAGUUCACUUUCCUCCCUCUCUUCUGGCGAUGGAGCGCUGGAUGGACAAAGUGAAAAUGAGCUGGAGAGUGACUCGUCAUUAGAAAUAAUUGAAGUGGAGGAUGAAGAAGUGGUGAAGAGAGGUGAAGAGGAUGAAACCUUGGAGGAUCUGAGUGACAGCCAGCUGCUGCUGACUGACUCAAAAACCUUCCCCAGCAAAGAGGCCGAUCCCAGUGAGAUCCCCUGUCCUGCCAAAAAGGAAAAGGUGUUCCUUAGAGGAGCUUCACCAGCCAUACUUGAAGACAGAUCUCCAUCCAGUUCAUCUGAGAACUACAUCCACGAGACACCCCUGGUAAUGAGUCGCUGUAGCUCAGUCAGUUCACUGGGCAGCUUUGAGUCUCCCUCUAUUGCCAGCUCAAUCCAAAGUGAUCCAUGCAGUGAGAUGAUUGAUGGAACAAUAAGCCCUAGUGAUCUUCCCGACAGCCCAGGGCAAACCAUGCCUCCUAGUCGAAGUAAAACUCCAUGUUGCGUUGAGGGAAAUGGACCAGAAACACAGGCCACAGGAAUAGCAGGUCAGUGGGAAAGCAGCCUGCGAAAGUUCAUGGAGAUCGCAGAUUCCAAGGACAGAUUUAACCUUCCUCCUGACCUGGACACCAUGAUCUACUUCACUGUGGAAAAGCCCACAGAGAACUUCUCUUGUGCUUCGAGCUUAAGUGCUCUGCCUCUUCACGAACACUACAUACAGAAAGAUGUGGAGCUGAAACUGACCCCCCUACUCCAGCAAAAUGAUAAAAAUCUUCCUUUCCCUGAUGAGGAUGAGCAAGGACUCGACCACGGAGAGAGAUAUAGUGAGGGCAACUCAGACGACGACAUAGAAAUCUUAAAGGAAUGCAUCAACUCAGCAAUGCCCUCCAAGUUCAGAAAAGUAAGACCUUCCCUGAUGACCACCAUCCCUCCUCAUAUUCUCAAUUCCCAGAUCCGAAAACCGAUACAUCUUCCAGUGUACAUGAUGCUCCCAAAUGGCAAAACCCAAAUGUGUACUGGGAGGAGAAUUGUCAUCCCACAAAAGGACUUAAAAUUUGAUGAUUCAUCCUUCACUGAUUCUGCGGAAGGUACGCCUGUCAACUUCUCCAGCACAACAUCGCUUAGUGAUGAAACACUUCAGUAUCCAGUAAAGGAGAGGGGGGCUAAAGACUGCACAGCUAAAGGUAUGAACAAACAGGAACUGCUCGACGAUGAGGCAAAGAGGAUCGAAGACUUGAGGAUAUUCUCACACUUCCACAAACCCAACAGGAUGAACUACCCACCUGAGAUACAAAUUAACCGAACAAUCAAACACGUCAUUCCCACUCAGAGGGUGCUGAUGCAAAGCAAAGAGGUAGCCGAUAGAGUGGCUAGCCAAAGAAAUCGUGAUCAGUCUCCUAACCAACAAAAGAAGAAGCAAGGUCAAGGCCCAGUCAGGAAACUAGAACUGCCUGUCAUAAAGAAAAACACAGAAGGUAACCUUAAUGUGGGAUCACAAAAAGGAAACACAAUUUUUCGACAAAUGACACAUUCUUCAGAGGACAGUAACGGCUUCUAUGAUGUCGAAAAUGAAAAAGACGAAGCAAUGAAACGAACAAGUAGAAAACAGAUCAGGGAAGCAAGUAGAAAUACUCUCUCCCGGAGCAUGACAAAUAUUGGCAGGACUGAUAAUUCCCAAGGAAAGUACAGAGGAUUUCAUAGGAUAAAACAGAAUCUGAUAAAGGAUGACUCCCUGGCAUGUUACUCCCUCAGCUCCUCUCUUAGUUCACUGAGUGAUGCCGAGUUUGAGGAUCAUAAAUCAAAAGCCCAGCAAAUAUGGUACAAAAACAGACACAACAAAACACUGAAUAUGGCGCAACAAACAAAGCCUAUGACCAUUCACAGCCAAUAUGAAGAGCCAAGCUCACCAAGCUCUGUCAGCAUGGAUUCAGAGGAUGACCUCCUUCAGAAAUGCAUAACAUCUGCGAUGCCUAAGCAGAGAAGGAAGCUUGCUGCCAGGAAGAAGAAAGCAGAAAAUACUCAAAAACAAAAACAAAAGGCCUCUGAUGGGUGGAACAUGGAUGAGGAAAUGGAUAGUGAUGAUACGGCAUGGGAUAAAGAUUCAGACCUCAACAGUGUUGAAUGGAGAGCCAUACAAGAAGGUGCUAAUUGUGUUGUCACUGGGCUGCAAGCAUCAAAGUCUCAAGAGCCAUCCUCUGAAGAGACUGAAUCAGUCCUGUCAUUUAUGUCAACAUCCAGCUUUACACCCAAAGAAAGGAAGUUUGCAAAAGACAAAAAGGCAAAUAAACCUCUAGACUUUGCUCAGCGCAAGCCAGUUCCAAACUUACCAGUUGUUUUCAGAGGCAGGACAGUGAUCUAUACACCGAAAAAAGACACAGCUCCAUCACAAAUACCUCCUCCCAGAAAAGUACCAACCAAGUCAGAUGCUCCAAAGAACCCAAACCUUGCUCAGCACAGAUCAAAGAGUCUUCACAGAUUAGGCUACCCCCAGGACACCGAACUGUCUUUGCCAAAGAGGAGCUCUACUCCACCUCCAAGGAUACCAAAAAGUUCAUCCUCUGGAUCAUCGCAAAGCUCUACACCAUCCAAACAGUCACAGAAGAAGAUAACAUCCCCGAUUCAGACAAAUAAAUCCAUCCAGAAAAAGAAUGCCUCACCAGCUAGUAGCCCGCCAGCUAGUAGUCCCCCUGAAAGAAAGGGACGCUCUCCUGUUGUGAAUCAAAAUGAAAAAUCCCCACCACCUAAAACUCAGAAGUCCCCUGUCCGAAUCCCUUUUAUGCAAAAUUCAGUCAGGCCCAGACCUCUGUCACCUUUGGUGACAAACCAAACAACAGGCAGACAAACCAAUCAGAUCAAUGGGAAAAGGGUGCCACCAGCCAAUCGAUUUGAACUGGUCAGGAUGACUUCUGUCCAUUCAAGUGGUGGUGAGUCUGAUCGUAAUGGAUUCUUGAGACAGCUGACUUUCAUUAAGGAAUCAAAGACUGUGCUGAGACGUGAUAGCUCUGCACGCAAAAUGCCUGGAUCUCAGAAUGGAUCGCCCCACAGAGCAGUUCCUGGAGCUUCAGCUGUCUUCCUUUGCUCAUCACGCUGUCAGGAACUUAAGGCAGCUGUGCAAACCCAGAAAAGGGUGCAAGUAAAAGGUCCAGGACAAACACAGCAAGUCCAGAGGCCAGACCGUGGCCUUCAGAAGCAGACUACAACCCUGUCUCGAGCAACCUCCAGUGAAAGGGACAUAUCUGCAAGACGCCCAGGCAGAAGAACUAGCUCUGAAAGCCCCUGCAGGGUGGCUCAGCGAAACGGGCCUGGCAGAGUGUCUGGAGUCAGGGAGCAACAGGACAAAGAUACUUUUAAACGUCACGCCUCAUCACCAAGCAUAAACAUACUGAGCCGAGUGACCAGCCGUUCUUCCCUCCGCUCUUCAUCAUCUGAUUCGAGUGGAAGAGCAAAGAGCGAGGAUGAUACAAAGAAAAAGGGGCAGAGAUCUGCAUCUCGGCUAAAUGACAGAGUCACCUGGAGGAGGAUCAGGGAUGAAGAUGUACCUCAGAUCUUGAAAAGUACUCUGCCAGCCAAUGCAUUACCUCUGGUGCCUUCUCCAGACGAGGAAAAGCCAAAGCCACCAGCUCUUCCAGGAAAACUGCCAACCAUUCUACUUGCAUCUCGCAAGACAAGUGAUGCAACAGUCCAGACAGAAGAUUUUUCAAACAACAAGACCAACUCGAGCACCUCUCCAACAGUCGAAACAGCUCCACUGAUCUCAGAGGAAGUGGCACGACUAGCGCUACUCAGAAAGAUUAGUGCCACCUCUGGGAGUAACCUCCAGGAUGGAGAUUCAGACAGCUCCCUUAGGAGCCACAGCACUGUUGCCACGGGAACGUCAGACAGCCACGUGGGUGGAGUUCAUUUCCGCCAAGGAUCCCCCAGCAAGGCCGCUCGAGUCACUCCAUUUAAUUACAUCCCAAGCCCCAUUGCCUGCUGCCUACAAGACACACAGAGCCAAGCAGCCACAAUCAAUGAGAAGUCAGGGGGGAAAAGUGAGUCGUAGGACAUUUAGUGGACGACAUGGAUGACUCUACUGUGUUCAUGAAUGAAACUCAGCACUCAGGUGGACAGACUAGGAGUGUGCUGGUCCCUAUACCUCGGGUAUUGACCCUUUACUUUCCCCAUUCACUGCAUUCAAGUUUUUCUCUCUGAACAACUGAUCACAGCUUCCAUUCACAAAGGGUUGGAUGUAUGCAUUGAGACAGGUCUGACAUGAACAGACCAUCAAUAACUUUUAGAGAUGCACUUCAGAGAAAAAUCUCACAUGAAACAGAAGUGCAUCUUUUUGUACUUUUUUUGUAUUUGUAGAAUAAUCAUUGCCUGGUAGAAAUGUAGUGAAAACAUAAAGCAAAAGACAAUGAACUUGAUUUCAGCACAUAAAAUCACCAUCGGUCUCCUGGACAGAAUUGAUGAAGGAACAAUAUUAUGCAAACUUAUGAAGGAUAACUCAGCUGGACUUUUACCUGAAAAGGUACAAACUGUGGCAGACUGUUGACAGACUCAAAAGGACACAAAUACACUGACAUGUAUAGUCUUUUUUACAUACAUUACCAUCAACGCUUUGGGUUUUUGCCUCACCAUUAAACUGAAUAUGAUACACUGUUAGCCUUUCCCGUAACAUAUAUGCAGCGCAGUGGGGUUUGGGGUACAUUUUUGAUAAAACAUUUCUUCAAAUUAAUAGUGCAAGUGACGUCUAGAUUAUAUUCUGAUCUUGGACUGAGAUAUGGGUAUAGACUUUUUUGACAUCCCUUGUAAUGUGUUACAGAUUAACAGAAUAAAAACUUAUCCAGUUAAAAACCUACAACUUAAAGCUAAAGAUUUAGCAAGAGAUAAAAACUGUUAUUUCGAAACACGAGUUAGUAUUUUGAGGGCACAAAAAAGUCAAUUUGAGGGAAAUGAUUAACGAUGAACUACUAGCUUGAAGGUUUGGAGUGGGCGAUAUGGAUAAAAUCUAUCACUGUGUGUAUAUAUAUAAUUUGGAUGUUACAUAUAUAGUACAUUUUCUGUAAAAAUAAUUGAGUAGCUGCUUGUGGAACCAAAUAAACAGACAGGAAUGUCUGUGACUAAUUCAAAUUAAAAACCCGACGAAUCAAGGUAUUUAAUCACAUUGUUUCAAAAAUCCUAUUAAAAUUAAUAUUUCCAUAACGUAGUGCUACUCAGUGAUGUGCAACAUUGCCUGCAAUGGCCUAAUACAAGCAGAAAUAUUAUGGUAUUGCUAUCUCUGUAUGAACGGUAUGGCAAAUUUACAGUAGAUAAUCUCCCACAGUAGAUAUCGUCCAACCCUACUUAUGGGAAUUAAAUAAGUAUGCUGAGCACUCAAAUUUCUAACUUGAGGGUAUGAUUUAUCACAACUGUUCACCCCCGACACCUACUGGACUCUAGUUCCAUCACUGCUGCAGAAAUUAUUAUAGCAACUACUGUCAUUUUCCGAACUAUCAGCUGAAUCUGAGUAACUUCACACUCUCCUGUACUCUUUGUCUUAAUCAGUAUUGUAAAUAACAUGCAGAUAUACAAAAUCUUCAAAGCUUCCCGGUGGGCAAAAGAAUCUCUGUGUUGCUCCCUGACAGCAUGCUAAUAUAUUCACUGACUGUAUACACACACCUGUUAACAUUGUGGACACUGGAUGACAAUGAUGUUGUUAUUCAGUGGUAGAAUACUUUCUAAAGCCCGAUGAGAGCAUUACUAGCCAUCUGUAUUCAAGUGCCGCAAAGACCUAUAAUGCUAUAAACUGUCAGCGUAGACGAACAAAGCCUCUGUUAAUCGAAUGCGAUGACAAUAUAUUUGUGUUUGCUACUAGAUUCAGACACUGUUUCCUGUUGAGUAUUUCCUGUCAAGAAACAAAAAGAUUUGAUUCAAUGAUGGUUAGUCGAUGGACACGUGUCCUUACGGAAGUUUUCCUCUGGAAGUCUUUAUAACGUGUUAAUAUCUGCUUAACUGUGUUGCUGUAAAAGUAGUGAUAGGUUGAGAAGAAGUCGAAUAUAAAGAUGAAUAUUCUCUGUAGUCGUACCAUCGCUCCUCCAUGUGUGCUCGCAGAUCAAAGACAGCAGAGUGCUGGACGGAAAGAACAUUAAUCUACAUUAAGGGGCUGUUUAUUCAUAAGAACAAGGUUUUGUAUUUACUGCUGUCACCCUACUGUAUUUCCAAAGCAUGUUUUGAGUAUGAAUAAAGCCCAAGUAACUUUUGAAUGCAACCCCAGUCCCAGUGGCCAUUAUGAGAUAUACAAGUGAUGCACCGCCGAAAUCUACUGUAUCUUUUGAUUAUUGAACACUCAAAUAAGGGUCAGUAAGAUUUUGAGCAUGUGAAAUGUUGUUAAAUAAUUUAAAAGCCUGUGGGGUUGUAUAUCACCUUUUGUAGAAACUCUGCAUGAGAAAUUCAACUUUGUAAAAGUGUAGUUGUAGAAAAAAAAAAAGUUGAGAAUUUCUACAUAAAAUUUGUGCACAAAUUAUAUCAACGGUGUGGUUAUACGCAUUUAAGUAUAGAGAACUGUUUGUGACACACAAACACGCAUUUAAGUUACGAAUUUUGGCCGAAAACCUCAGCGUUGAUAUCAUUUCUGCACAAUUUUUUUGUUUUAGACACUCAAAUUUUUUCUACAGCUACAAACGGGCUUUUGAUUUGAUGUGUAAAAUGUCUACAUGGUGAAAACUGAGUUAAUACAGCGAGCACAAGGUGGUUUAAUUCAGUCAAAAAGUCUCGUAGAUGAUAGCUACUACAUUAGCCGUCUUGAGUCACGACAGUCCCGUAAACUUAUGUGAAUAGUUACACUAUAAGCACACCUGCUGUGGAUUACUGGGCUAUCGUGACUCCAGAUGGCUAUCUGGCUCUUGCCACAUCAUAGCGAAUCAAAUGGUCCCAUCUACGAAACUAAUAGACUGAAAAAAGACUUUUGACUCACCUCUCCGAACCAGGCGAGAGGUGAAGCCAUGGGAGUCAACUGAAAUAGUGGAUGGAUUCUACCUUUUUCACAGGUUUACAAAUGGUAAUAUAAAACCACAGAAUUUGAAAUUAAUUCUGAACAUCAUUUCACAAAGUCAAAUUGUUUGUCCCUUAUUUGAGCCCAUAACUGUCGGCUUGAAAAGGAGGAUUUAUAAACUUUGUAGUUGAGCAUUUGAUGCUCAAACGACAGAUUUUUGGGUGGAGAAUCACUUUACACUUCAACAGCCCCUAAAAGUAAGAUGAGGAUGAAAAGAUGAAAAUUGUGUGAAUGAGACAAAUGGGGAAUUUAGCUCCAUGUUUAAAAGCCAUCAGAAGGUCCUGGGAGUUAGUCACUGUCGGCGGCUUUGUUCACGCCUGGCUGGAGACGAGAUUUUAGACGAGUUCAUGUCCAAACUAAUGAGUUUUAAAUAAUCUAUCUAAAGCUGUGCAUUUAGCGUUUAAUUCACAAAAUAAAUAUUAAAUUAAUCUAAACGUGCAUGUGACUCAAUCGGUUAUCAAAACAGAAAAUUUGAUAAAUGAUUAUUUGAUUCUGGAGAGGAGAAAACCUUUAGUUUAAUGGACAUGAGUUAUUAGGCGAUGUCUUGUGUCACCUGAUCGUAAUGGCGGCGAGGUCCCAGCCUUUCGAGCGUGAACAAGACCACAGAGGCGUAUGGUGCCAUGUGAAAUAGGCAAAGCAACAGAGGUGUGUCAUAAUAAAUGUUUUCAUCCAAUAAAAAGUGACGUGUUUCAUUAAA